AGGUAAUAGUUUUGCGGGAGGUUUAAGUAGCGAUUGUUGUGCUGCGUUAGAGAAAGCGAGAUUGUUGGGAAAUAUCAAAGCGGUGUAGGGGAAAGGACAUGCAGUUACCAUAGCAACUGCCCUCCCUCUGUAAAUCCAAUGGAAAAAAGGCAAAACGCGUGAGUCUUCUGAUUGUGUUUCCAUCAUGUAGCAGUGAUGCAGUCGGACGUGGAAAGAGCAGUGCGUUGACAAUUAUGGCUUGAGUUUCUUCUGAGUAGACACAAUGGUGCGGGAACGAAAAUGCAUCUUGUGCCACAUUGCUUACAGUUCCAAAAAGGAAAUGGACGAGCACAUGCGGAGCAUGUUGCAUCACCGGGAGCUGGAGAACUUAAGGGGCAGAGACUGCAACCAUAAGUGCUGUGUCUGCCAGGUAACUGUGGUGGGUCUUUCAGCAUAUGCCAAGCACAUAUCUAGUCAGCUGCACAAGGAUAAUGUUCAUGCCCAAGAUAAAAAGAAACAAAAGGAGCAGGCUGAGGAACAAUAUUUUGACAAGGAACUCAUCAAGCUAAUAAAGCAAAGGAACAAGCAAAACAGACAAGAAGAAGCUUCCAGCUUAUCUAAAGGGCAAACGCCUGAUGGCAAACAGCAAAGACAAGAUAACCGUGUCUCGUUCAAUGAUCUGGGUGCACAAGCAUGGCAUCGCUGUGAUUCAAAACAGAAAAGCUGGCAGUGGCAAAAUGAAUGCUUUGCCGAUAAUAGGCAAGACAAGUUCUUGCAUCCUGCCUUGACUGUUGAUCCUAACAUGCAUCUUGGUGGUCCUAGGGAAAAAGCAAGUUGGAAUAUGAAUGGUCCAUUGAAUCACCGUUUGAUCCAUAGUCAGAAUGGGGUCUCUUGGCACUCAAAUGCAGAGGGCUCACCAUCUCACCAUCAAGGUACAGAAGGAAAUGUUCACUGGUAUCCAGAAGGUAAUGGAAACUUUCCAAACCAGCCUCCUAUGAACUGUGGUGGAAACUGGGCAAAUAAUCACUAUAGUAGCAACAACUGGAAAUUUGGGGGUGCUACUGGACAGAAUAUGCCUUUAGAAAACUGUGAUUCCACUCAAGAUAAUGAUUCAGGUUGCAAAACAAGAUCCCUCUGUAAAAAAAAAGAUAAAAGUGGAGCCCGCCAUUCAGACCUCCAAUCGGACCGUCAAUCAGACCGGCAUUUAGACCACAAAUCGGACCGCUGUUCAGACCGCAAAUCGGGCCGCAAGUCGGACCGCCAAUUGGGCCGCAAGUCGGACCGCCAAUCGGACUGCAAAUCGGACCGCAAAAUGGGCCGCAAAUCGGACCACCAAUCAGCUGCUCAACCAGCUCGUCAAGCUCAAAAUGCAAAUAAAGUGUCUUCACAAGAUGCCAACGAUUUCACCAGUGACACAGUCCCUGAUAACAGUCUUUUUGGGUUUACAGUAUCUGAUAAAUCUUCUAAAUCAAAGCCAGCACUUUGUACUUUGAAGAAUAAUGGUCUUUCUGAAGACAAACCACUGAGAUGGGCUCCAUAUCCACCACAAAAGGGCACCGAGACUCUGCAGCAAUUGCCAAAAGGUUUAGAAGCUAAUUUGCCUUUCCAGUUUUCAGAAGUGAGUAAUUCAGAUGCAAAUACAGACAAAGUAGAUAACUCCGCAAAACCCCAAACUGGAGAAGAUCAAGCUAAGUCAGAUACUUAUGUUGAUGGAUCUUAUAGCAAGAAGACUGACCAAGCUGGUCUAAAAUGUACUAGAAUGCCAUCUCUAAAAUCACCACUACGCUUUGUUCCAGAUUUUAAAUCUAGUUUAAAGAAGGAUGGAAAAAAUACUUUGAAAAUAGCAAAACUUCUUUUCCCUAUAAGUUUUGAAGAGCGACAGAGCAGGCUGAGUGCACUAAGUUUAGAAACCAGGUCCACUUUCAAAUUGCAGAACUCUUCUAAGAUCCAAAAGAACAAUCAAUGUACCCAAGAAAGCAGGGGAAAAGAACCAGUUGAAACACUUGGUGAAGUUUUGCAGAAAGCAAAAGAAUUACUGCGGAAUAGUCAGGCAGUUCAGAGUCAUUAUUUUUCUCCGCCCAGGAAUGAUUUAAUGGACCAAAGCUUAACAGCUAAUAUAUCAAAUGAUCCCCAAAAAGCAAGCAAUGUUUCUGAAGAUAAAUUGGGAAAUGGUUGUCAUAAGCAGAAUUCUUCAAAUAAAGGUACAAUAUUAGACAACAAACAACCAUGUGAUCGUGUUCUGGUUUAUGAUGGCAAUAGUAAAAAAGCUGAAAGCACUUCAAGAAAUGUAACAAAAACCUUGGACAUGUGCACCAAAUCAGAUCCUAAUACAUUUUCUGUUGAACCAAAUAUUGAUAGCUUCAAGCCACAGUACAUGCCAUGCCCUGAGGAAGAAGAUGGCAACAAUUACUUUACUUAUCAGUGUCAAGACAGCAACGAUGUUGAAAGUUUUGAAAAUGUUGCUGACCUUGAGCUACAGAAAGGUGCUGGUAAUUCAUCAGGUCCACGAUUACCCGAGUUAAGCAAGCUUGGACUUCCUGCUUCAUUUCAGAGGGAUCUUACUAGACAUAUUAGUUCUCGAACCAAAACAGGGUCACAUCUUCCCGAGCCCAAUCUUCAUAAUGCUCGUCGGAUUAGAAAUGUGAGCGGUCAUCGAAAAAGUGAGACAGACAAAGAUUCAGGACUAAAACCAACUCUAAGACAAAUUCUGAAUGCUUCAAGGAGGGGUAUAAAUUGGGAACAGGUCAUGGAACAUGUAACCAAGAAAAAGCAGGAACUAGGCAAAGGUUUACCAAGGUUUGGUAUAGAAAUGGUGGCACAUGUUCAAAGUGAACAAGAAGGUCUUGACUUUGAUGAGGAUACAGAACUGAGUAUUGAAAACUUCCCUUGGGAGGGCAUCUGUGCAAGGAAGAGGAGCCUCUCUGAAAGCAGUGUAGCUGUAGACAAAGUCUCUGUCUAUGAUAUUUUUAAUGGCUAUGAAUCUGAAUCGUGUAAAGAACGACGCAUUCCCACAAUCCAAGGCACGUCGGAACAAAUGGGACCAAAUGCAAGUUCCACAUUCAUGCUUAAGCAAGAAGAAGAUAAUGUUCCUGUAUCAUUUACAGCUAGCUUUAAUGCUCAAUCUGACCUCCCAUUAACUAAAAUAUCUCCGAGUCAAAAUGUUUCAACAACAGACUGUCCAUACACGUUACAGAGUGCGAAUGAGAAUGUGAAACAAAGUGCUGGUGAUGCUUCGGCUGUCAGCCCAAAUAUGGAUGCUGGUACUGAUAGCUGUACUUCUGGCACAGAACUGAAUGAUGGUCAAGGAGCUGGAAAGAAAAGAAGAGCAACUGGGGAUACUUCGUGUCCUGAAAUACCAAGUUUAGAAAGAAAAACGAAAAGAAGAAAAAUCAGAGGGAGAAAAGAACGAUCACAGGUGGAUCAACUUCUAAGCAUCUCUUUAAGAGAAGAGGAUCUUAAUAACUCACUGCUGAGCAUGGAUAAUGACCUUCUUCAAGCACGAACUGCACUUCAAGCUGCCUAUUUGGAAGUUCAACGUCUACUGGUGCUAAAACAGCAGAUCACAUUUGAAAUGAAUAAAAUGAGAACACAGCGUAUUCACAUUCUACAAGGACUACAGGGGUCGUAUGAACCAGCAAAUGACACUACCAAAGAAUGCAACCCUAGGCCACAGACACCAGUUGUGUCCCCUGGAAGUGCUUUAAAUUCUCCUGGGGAGACACCACUUUGUGUGGCACCAAGUAGAAGCUUUGUACCUUCUCCAGUUCAGUCUGUUACAACACCUAAUUUUGCUACCCCUGAUUCAUCUGUCGUAAUUAAAGGCGAGCCAAUAUCACAUGAAAGAGAAGAAAAAAACACAAGCACCGCAGCAGACUGUCAUGUGACAUCCCCUAUGUCUAGCGGUGGUAUUCUGCAGAAACCAUCUUUGCAUCCUAUGGUUACGGCUGCAAUAUCUCUUUCUGAACAAGCAAAUAAUUUACCCACGGUCGAGAAGGAAUCCCGUCCAAAGCACAGAAUUUCAAAUACCCCACCUCCAGCAUCAGUUAAUUUCAAACAGGAAACAGACAGUUCCGACUGUACAAUUUUAACAGAGAAUCCUCCACUUGAAGCACUUUCUAUGCCAACCUGUCCACAAAAAACAAACAAUAACUCAACAGGUCCAGCAACAGGGCAACCAGUUGAAUCAACCCUUAUUGUGACGGAGACCAAAGCUGGGAAGAAAAAGAAAAAGCUACGAAAAAAGAAAACAUUACGUGCUGCACAUGUUCUUGAGAUUAGCGACACAGAGCAGGACAUCUGCAGUGGCAAACCAGUGCGCAAAGUUAGGAGCAGAAGAUGUUCAAAGGAAACUCUUGUCAGCACCUCUACUUCUCUAGAACAAGAGCUUGAUGUUAUGUCUCAAGAAAUUGAGCAAACCAAAGGCAACAAUGACAGUGAUUCCAAUGUGGAAAUCGUGGAAGUUCCACUUCGCCAGUUUGAGGUAGUGCCAAUCGAUUGUGAUUCUGAUGAUGAAAAGCCAAACAGUCCUUUUAAUAUGAAUGUGGUAAGCUCAAGGCAAAGUUAUUCAGAUGCAAAUGAAGUGACUUCAACCAGUGAAAUUGUGACCAGCUUCAGGAAGGAGUCUUUAACAAGCUCAACUAAAUAUCGGAGAGUAUCCCUCCAUGGAUCAAAAAAUUGCACAGAGGUAUUAUCUGAACCUGGGGAAGAUGAAGAACCUACAGAAGGCAAGUUUGAAGGACACACAGCUUCUGUAAAUACCAUCCAAAUAUUUGGAGGAUUGCUCUACACCUGCUCUGCAGACAAAACUGUUCGGGCUUAUAACCUUACUACUCGGCAGUGUGCGGCAGUCUUUGAAGGACACACAUCGAAGGUGAACUGCCUUGUUGUCACAUGUAUGUCUAGGAAGAAUGCAUCACUCUUCACAGGUUCCAGUGACCACACCAUCCGAUGCUAUUCUGUAAAGUCCCAUGAAUUUGAGACCGAGUGGAACGUUGGAGAAAGAGUCCUAUGCUUUCAUCCACGAUGGAAAAAAGUUUUUGCUGGUCUUGCAAAUGGCAAUGUUGUCAUAUUUUCUGUUAAGAGUAAGAAGCAGGUGGAUGUUUUUGAAUGCCAUGGUCCCCGGGGAGUGAGUUGCUUGGCAACAGCACAAGAGGGGGCUCGAAAACUACUUCUCGUUGGAUCCUAUGACUGUACCAUCAGUGUUAGAGAUGCCUGCAAUGGAUUGCUACUACGCACCUUAGAAGGCCACACAAAAACUGUGCUUUGUAUGAGGAUUGUCAAUGACCUCGUCUUCAGUGGGUCCAGUGAUCAGUCUGUCCACGCUCACAAUAUUCAUACGGGUGAGCUGGUGCGCAUUUACAAAGGUCAUAACCAUGCUGUGACGGGGGUUUCCAUCUUUGGAAAAGUCAUGAUAACUGCCUGCUUAGAUCAAUUUGUCCGUGUCUAUGACCUUCAGUCACACGAUCGUUUGCAAGUAUAUGGAGGACAUUCAGACAUGAUCAUGUGUAUGACAAUUUAUAAGAACAUGAUCUACACUGGCUGUUAUGAUGGUAGUGUUCAGGCUGUGCAACUGAAUCUGUUGCAGAAUUUUCGAUGCUGGUGGCAUGGAUGCUCUCUGACGUUUGCUGUUGUGGAGCAUCUGAAACAGCAUCUUCUUACUGACCACACCAACCCGAACUUCCACACACUAAAAUGUCGGUGGAAAAACUGUGACUUCACAGCCAGGAGAGGCUCCAAGCAGGAUGCUGUAGGACACAUUGAACGGCACGCAGAGGAAUGCAGCCAAAUAAACACAUAAACCGUUACCUCCCAUAUUGGGAAGACUUUCAUAAGCAGCAGCAUCAAGAGCGAAUCUUCCUAAUUCGACCGUUUUGAAGCCUCCUGAAGUAUCUUCUUCCAUAUAUGUUGGGCAAGUCACAGCACAAGAGAGCAGGCAAAAAGGCUAACACUUAUUUUUAUUUAUAGCGACAUAAUCCUGUGUCUACUGUUCCCGUGCCCUAAUUCUAACAAAGUUUGUUUUUGUUUUUUUCAUGGGCGCAACAUGAAAGAAAUACGUCUCUCUUUACUGGUCGCGCUUCUUUUUCCACCGAGAAGCCAAAAAAUAUAUUUUUUUAUGAUUCCUAUUGGGCCUUAAGAGAUAUUUUUUUUUUUUUUAACUUUAUUUCCUUAUUGUUACCAUAAAAACUAUUAAAAUAAUAAUUUAUACAAUGCAAAAAAUUAUAGGUGCAUUUAUUUAGGAGAAGGUUGAAAAACAGAUUUUUUUUGGAAAAUUUCAGUUUAAAUUAAACAUGAGCCAAGUAGGUGAAUCAAGUAAUUAGAAGAAAGUGUCCUGUCAUUUAACAUGAAUCAAUAUAGAAAUGUCACAAUAUAAGGCUGAUUAGUAAUUAAUACAGAUAAUUACUACAUGGCAGCACAGAAACCAGUGCAAUUAGCAUCAGAAUGGAAUAAUCAGCAAACCUGUAGCAUCAGCUUAUAUU